AUGUCUUGGGUCCCCAGAUCAAGAGCACUGCUCUUCGCGGCGGUGCUGCUAUUUGGCACAUUAUACUUCCUCCGACAAUGGUCAGGUACAGCGACCACUGCCGCGAUUCCCACAACCGGCGUGACACGUCCUCACACGCAUGCGAGCAACCCUACGAAACCCUCAGAUUGGACCUUCAAAGCCGACCGCGAUCGAAACAACCACUCCCUCACAUCCGAUCAAUGCCUACAAGCAUUCCCAGAUCUAUACCGCGAAAUCGACCGAUCGCGGGCGUACUGGAAGGACAGAUUAGGAGAUGCGAAGAUCACGGAAGAGAACUAUGGCUUGAAGUGGAGUAGUGAUGGAGGCUUGCGCGCGAUGAUCUGGGAGGGACAGCUAUACGUCCUCGAGUCGCGAGGGUUGAACCAUUUCCUGCAUUGGAAGGAGCGAUCGCAGGCGACGCUUCACAAUAUCCAGCGCGCAAUCACUGGUGCGCGAGAGCCGAUACCGAAUAUUGAGUUCAGUAUCAAGAUCAACGAUAACAUUGAGCUGACGGAGGAGCACCCGAAUGCUACGGUGUGGAACUUCAAUCGCAAUGUUAACGACAAGGCGAUGGAGCAGGUCUGGCUAAUCCCGGACUUCAACUUCUGGAGUUAUCCGCGAGUAGCAUCUUCCUACGGCGAGUACCAGCGACAAGCCAUCGAGAUGGGAGAAGACUACAACUCGAAGAAGCCGAAGCUUGUCUGGCGCGGCACAACCGACUUCAACCCCGAAAUCCGCCUCAAACUCAUCGAGCAAAGCGAAGGCAAAAGCUGGUCCGAUGUCCACAGGGUCGCGGAGGAUGUGCAUGACGAGGAGGCGACCAAAUACCGCAUCACAAUGCCCGACCACUGCAAAUACAAAUUCGCCGUCCACACCGAAGGCACCACCUGGUCCGGCCGUCUCAAAUACCUCCUCAGCUGCCACUCCACCAUCCUGAUCCACCCCCUCACCUUCACGACCCACCUCUAUCACCUGCUGGAGCACGAAGGUCCCAACCAGAACUACGUCCUCGUCGACAAGGCGUGGACAGAAUUGCCUGGGAAGAUGGAUGAACUGCUAGCGGACAACGCCAAGGCGAAGAAGAUUGCCGACAACGCGGCGGCCAAGUUCAGGGAUCGGUAUUUUACGCCGGCGGCGCAGAUGUGUUAUUUUAGGCAUUUGUUUCAGGUGUGGAGUGAGGUGACGGCGCCGACGAGUCCGUGGACGGAGACGACGCAUGCGGAUGGGACGAGGAGUAGGGAGUGGAGGGGGAUGGCGUAUGAGGAAUAUGUAUUCCAUGAUAAGGGGUACAAUGAUUGA